AUGCCAUCUUUUCCCGUCCCGCCUACUAUUUUGGUUUCCCACGAAACAAUUUCCGGCACGGAUGUGUACGGCCCGGGCACAUUUAUUGACAAGAAGAUCCUCCCCGUGCCCGAAGAUGCCAAACGGGUAUUUGAACUCCUCGCUUCACAAACACCUGGCUUCACCAAAAACAAGGCUGCAUGGGAUACAGUCCAUUUUGAGGGGCUAACCAAGCCCAUGAUCCCGGGGCCCAUCAAGUUCUCCGUUACGGCAUCAGCUCUCCAUGCUAUGGCAGGCCUGGUUGCCAACGAGUUGCUGGAACUUCGUGAUGGAAAGGCUGUCACAGACAGCAAAGUCACGGUUGACACUGAUCACGCUGGGCUUUGGCUUGGCUCGGUGUUCAUCACUUACAUCGAUGGCUUGGAUAUGUCGGCCUUGAUGCAAUCGGGGAAAAUGGGCUCCUUGUUCCCGCGGAACUAUGAGCGCGGCUUUGGUCAGGGCAUUGCGGGUCGAGCCACAGCGAUCAAUCAGACAAAGGACCCUAAAGUCUGGUAUCAGUUGCAUGGUUCUUUGGACGCGGAGAAAACCCUCGAAUCUAUGGGGAUUGACUCCAGCGUGAAGUUUGACAAGCCCCAGGAAUACUAUGACUACAUUCAGAAGCAUGUUAUUCAGUGGAGUCCGGACGAGCUUGAGAUCCACAACGUGCGCCACGGUUUAUGUGGAAGUAUUUGCUACUCGCCCGAAGGUUGGAGAAAGACGGAAAUGGGAAAGCGACUGAACAGCCACCCCUUGGUCAAUGUCGCCGAGCAAACGUACGCCAAGUCCACGCCGCCGAUCCCUCUACUCAAGGAUCUCCCUGAUCGUCGGCCGCUUGCUGGCAUCAAGGUCCUGGAGAUGGUCUUGCAACUUGUGUUGAAUGCGGGGAAACGGACCAUCGACCUUGACAUUACCAAAUCGGAAGACAUGACUCGUCUCCACGAGCUCCUUGCCGACGCCGAUAUCUUCAUUCAAGGAUUCCGGAUGGAAUCGUUGAAGAGGAAGGGUCUCGGCCUUCAUGAUCUUCUGGAAAUGGCCACAAAGAGAGACAAGGGAAUUAUUUAUGUUGACGAAAACACCUAUGGGCCAGAUGGUCCGUUCCAUGCGCGCCCUGGCUGGCAGCAGAUUGGAGAUGCUGCAUCUGGCAGCUCAUAUAUCAUGGGUCGGUCCCAGGGACAUGAAGAAGGAAAGAGCGUGUUGCCGCCUCUUCCGGCAUCUGACAUGGUUACUGGCAUUGUGGGCGCGUUGGCAGCCAUGAUGGCGGUCCGCGACCGCGCGAUCAAGGGUGGCUCAUACCACGUCACAAGCUCUCUGGUUGCUGCAGAUGCUACUGCACUGGAACAGGAGGUUGGAUUGUACCCGCUCGAUGUUGUUGCAGAGACUGCUAAGCGGCUUUCUUUCCCUGACACUACUCCGGACCAGUAUGUCUCAGACAUUCUGGCCUCGGUUGUGAACGGGUGGAAGAAGGCUCUUCCUGGUUAUUUGUAUGAAGACUCGAAGUUAAUGACCACCUUUGAAGGAGGAUUUUGGGGACGCCAGACAAUUCUGAAGCCUGUGGCGCGACUUGACGAUGAUGAAUCAACACCGAGGUGGACCUCUCCGCCUGUGCCACACUGCUACCAUGACCGCUCAACAACUUGGCUAUGA